AAUGUAUGUAAAGGGGGAUAACCCUAACACCAACUUCCGUUGUUCGACACGUCUACUUCCUGUUGAUGCGGUCGUGUUGAGGCGGCGUCAGGUUCUGUACGGUUGGAUUAGCACUGUAUCAAAACACGUUUGUAGCCUCACAAGUCUUUUGAGAUGUAACUAUGAUUCAUUGCCCGCUGUCCAGUAGAACCUUUCCAUUCAGGUUCUCCGUGAAUAUCGUUGUCUUGGAGUUUCCAUGGCCAGAAUCACACUAAAUCUACCAAAUGCUGUAGUAUUACAAUGGACGAAGAUCCAACACAGCUUCUCAGCGCGGCAAAUCGCUGCCGCUGUAUUUUGCUGCAUCCUUCUGGGAGUGCUGCUGUUUGUUUUCAUAGAGAAGAACAAGGGAGGUUCUGCAGGGUAUCAGAGCAACAUAGACACACAUGGGUCUCCUCAUCAGCUUGUCAGCACACGCUCAGGUGACAUACAUCCCGCCCUAGGACCGGGGGUGAGGUACGGCAUUGUUAUAGACUGUGGCAGCAGCGGAAGUCGUAUUUAUGUUUAUUUUUGGCCGCCUCAUUCUGGAAAUGCCAGGGACUUGCUCAAUAUUCAACAGUUAAUGGGACAAGAUGGGAAGCCUGUAGUUAAGAAAAUCACGCCAGGCCUUGAUAAACUCGAAGACAAACCAGGGUCAGCAAAUGAAUAUAUCCGGCCAUUACUAAAGUUUGCUGCCUCCUAUAUCCCAAAAGAACAACAGAAGGAGACUCUGCUGUUUAUACUGGCCACUGCUGGCAUGCGUAUGAUCCCUGCCGCAGCACAAAAAGCAAUAUUUAAUGAUCUCAAGACUGAUAUAGCUGAGGAGUUUCCCUUCGUCAUAUCGGACAGUAAUUUAGAAGUAAUCAGCGGAAAACUGGAAGGAGUUUACGCCUGGAUCGCUGUAAACUAUGCACUGAGGAAAUUUGACCAUGGAGAGGAAGAGCAUCCCUUGGUGGCUGUAGAAGUGUCAGGACAACCAGCCAAGAAGACACACAUCCGUAGACGGACAGUCGGAAUGAUAGAUAUGGGGGGCGGCUCCAUGCAGAUUGCUUUUGAAGCUACAUCAAAGUCUACCUCAAUCCCUGCGCACAGAGUUGUUGAGUUCAACCUGGGCUGUCAGCAAAAUGACUUUGAUCACACAUACAGGGUAUAUGUAUCAACCUUCCUUGGCUUUGGGGCAAACGAGGCCAGAGAUCGUUACGAAAUGUUGACGACGAAAAAUGCUGAUCACUCUAAUAUUACACAGAAACGAGGUGAAACUGCCGAAAACUCAACCCAAAACAGUCAUCUUCACCACCAUCACGGUAAACGGGUUCUACCAGACCCCUGUCUUCCCACCGGGUUGUUCUUCGAGAGAGAAGAUGAGGAAAGCCAUACCCACUUUUUCCAUGGGACUGGAGAUUACCUUGAGUGCCAAAAGGCCCUAUAUCCUCUUCUUAACCUCUCCACUCCAUGUGAAAAGGCAGAAUGCUCUAUGAACGGGGUCCACCAGCCCGAUAUUGACUUCCAAAAAUCUGAGUUUUACGGCUUCUCAGAAUUCUGGUAUACUAUGGAGGAUGUUUUCAGUAAAGGAGGUCUAUAUGAUAAGGAAGACUUCAAAAAGGAGGCACAGGAAUUUUGCAGUACAAAGUGGUCGACCCUCCAGUCUCGUAAAGAACAGAAGUUGUACCCCAAAGCCGAUGAUGAGCGUAUGAAGUUGGAGUGUUUCAAGGCAGCAUGGAUGACCACUGUUCUUCACAAAGGGCUGAAGUUUCCCGAGACAUAUCGUCAACUCCAUUCCGUGAACCUUAUCAACAAUAGGGAUAUUCAGUGGACACUUGGAGCUCUCAUUCAUCGAACUCGUUACUUACCUCUCAGGGAUGUAGAAAGAUUUGAAACUCAGCAUGCUCAACUCUCCACAGUUAACAGUUCCUGGUCCCUGUACAACAGUUACAUAAUAAUCGUUUGUAUAUUUGUCGUUGUGAUGGCUAUUUUCUUGUACAUGCACCGCCUUCAAAUUCGACUGUGUCCAACUAAAAAAGACUUGAAGAGGGUACCAUCGAUGUCUUUCUUCAACAAUGAGGAAGAUACCUCAGGCUACCAGUACGCUUGACUGGCUACGACACGGAUUAUAACUUAAUCAUGUUUUGGCAUUAUGAUGCAUAAUCGAUUGAGUGUCGGCAUAGAUAAUAUAAUUGUACCACAAUAAGGUAGGACUACUGUCUGUAAAUGAUGAUUAUUCUGGAUGGUUUAAACAUUUUAAGAUUCAAACUAAUGUCUGAACCAAAAUAGAAUAAUUUUUGCAGAAAUUAUGAAACAUAUCAUUAUUUUGUGUGAAAAUUAAUUUUCAAUAUAUCAAGCUCACGUUCAUGAUUUGAUUCUAUCACAAAAACAGCGUAAAUGUAUAAAAAAAAAAAAAUCCAUGAUAAUAACAUUAACAUAAACUUGCACAUUAGAUUCAUAUAUUUAGUUCUACACACUAUGCUUAGUUAGAAAGUCAGCCUCAUAACCUAAGUUGAGAUUCAGAGGUGUGUGGUGCGCAGUUCCCUACCAUGGGCAGUUUGUGUUUUCUGUAAACUGAGAAACAAGCCUGUCUGUGCUGUCAUGGUCGUGUCAUUAGGAAAGACACUUAACCCUAAUAAGCUCUGGAUGGCAUUUGACAGGCAUCUCAAAUGUUAUUCAGUGAGGUAGCCACCAGCUACUACAAGGAAACCCUGCCUCAAAAUGACUUUGGCUGUUCAUGAGGACAUAGACCUGUUACCCAAUGCUUUACAGAAGUACAAUCAUGUUGGUGUAUAAUUUUUAAGGAAUAAUGUUUAUUUUUAGAAAUCAGUGUAUUUUACUCUACAAUUCAAACAUAUUCCAGCAUUAAGUUUACCCACCAAAAAGGUUUUAUGAUCAAAUUUCUGAUUACCAUGUUGUGUAAUUUGCCUAAAAUAGAGCAUGGUUUUAGUGUGUAGAAAAUGUUUAAAACAAUAUUUCAGGCAGAUUAUUUUAAUCUAUUUAGGAUUCAUAUGGUUUUUGUCAUCUGUUUUGAUCUAUAACUUGGGCAUAAUACCUUGUAAUCAUAUACAUUUUGUAGUAUAUCAAUUUUUGUGCAUUUUUUUGUGGUAAAAAGUAAUUAGUCAUUUGUUUGUAAUAUUUGUGGGAAAAUGUACAAAAAAAUGUCAAUGCCAACACACAUACAUAUGAUUUCAUUAGAAAAAGGAAAAAAAAGUGCAUAAAAAAUAUAUACAUAUACAGUGUAUAUAUUUUUAUGAGCUCCGAAAAUAUUUUCUCUUACAGCACAUGUAUCAAGGUUCACAUCCAGUUUCCCAUGAAUUAGUAUCCAUUAAGUUCAAUAAUAUGAUUUUAUUUAACAAUUUUAUUAUAUCAAUUAACAUUUUUUUUUAAUUAUCAUGUACAAAGUGUGUUUUUUUCUAGAUAAUCUCAUUAUUUGUUAUCUAUGUAAGAUGUGGAUUUAGGGGGACAAUGCUUCCAGCUUCUUGUUUUAAUUUAUCAGUGUUGUUAUGUGAUUUAUAAAUCUCGGGCUACAAUUUUAAUUUAUCUUGAGGGAGUCCCUGAAAAUUUAUAAUAUAUGUAUAAAACACCAGUUCAUGGAGUUCAGGAGAAUUCCCUUUAAGAUUGUCAACCAAAAAUUUGGGAAAAAAAUAAAAACAAAACAAAACAAAAACAAAAACAAACUUGAUAUCUCUAUUCAAGUUAAGAUUCAUUUAAAAUGAAGAUCAGAUGAGAUACAUUAUAAUUGUUUGUGUUUGUGAUGUUUUUGUUGACUGUUCUUUGGCAUAAAAUGUCAGUAUAUACUCAAAAUUUACUUUUGUAAACUUCAAAAAUUUUGUUUGUUAUCGGAUGAUCUACUGUUGUUUUCAGUGAUUUCAAAUUAUGUAUUUUAAAGUAGGCGUUACCAUUAUGAUAUAGAUCAUGAUAUUAAAAAAAAUAUCUGUUGUUUUUGGUAAAAUAUUAUGCAAGUCAUAAGUCAUAGGGGUCGCGGUGGGCCAGUGGUUAAGGUGUCCCGACGCUUUAUCACUAGCCCUCCACCUCUGGGUUGCGAGUUCGAAACCUACGUGGGGCAGUUGCCAAGUACUGACCGUAGGC